AUGCCGCGCUACGGAGCAACUGAGAUCGCACCCACCAAGUCGGCCCGCGCCCGCGGUGCCUACCUCCGUGUCUCUUUCAAGAACACUCGUGAGACCGCCCAGGCCAUCAACGGCUGGAAGCUCCAGCGUGCCGUUCAGUUCCUCGAGAAUGUCAAGUCUCACACCGAGGCCGUCCCCAUGAGGAGAUACGCCGGCAGCACUGGUCGUUGCGCGCAGGGCAAGCAGUGGGGUGUCAGCAAGGCCCGCUGGCCCGUCAAGUCUGCGGAGUUCCUCCUCGACCUCCUCCGCAACGCUGAGGCCAACGCCGACACCAAGGGUCUUGACACCGGCAACUUGAUUGUCAAGCACAUCCAGGUCAACCAGGCCCCCAAGAACCGACGACGCACAUACCGUGCCCACGGUCGUAUCAACCCCUACAUGUCCAACCCUUGCCACAUUGAGCUCAUCCUGACCGAGGGUGAGGAGGUUGUCCAGAAGGGUCCCCAGGUUGUCGAGCGCGAGCAGGGUCUUCACUUCAGCUCCAGACAGCGGGGUGCUCGCCGGGCGCGGGCCAUCACCGCUGCCUAA